CAAGGGACGUUUCAAACGGCUGACGGUAGAGCGACGUACAGACAGACUGGCGAGCAGGGAGAGAGAGAGAGCGAGCGAGAGGAGGCGGGGCCUAUCUGAUCUGUGCCUCCUGAGUCUCCGCCCUCCCCAGAAGCUCAGAGAGCAGGCGCCCAGCAGGAUGUCCCGGCUAGUCUGAGUCCUGUGGACCGGUUCAGCGCCGUGACGGACCCCCCCCCAGCCUGCAGACCUCACCAUCAGUGACUAAUAUGAGGAGGUGUGAGACCUGGCUGGACCCUGGGUCUCUGUUGUGCUUAGCCCAGUGAGACCAGCAUGCCAGUCCCGCGGUGACCUUCCCAGACCAGACCCUGCGUCCAAACCUCACCGCUGGUGGUCCCGCCUCCCCCCCGGGCCUCGCCCAACACGUUGCCUCUCCCUCCCCCCCCCCACCCCACCCCUCCCGACGCCAUGGACCUCAAGUUCCUGGAUAGAAGUCACCGUGGAGACGGCGUGGAUGCCGACCCAGCCCGCGCCCCUCUCCUGGGCGCCAGCCGCGCCCGCCCGCCCCGCCCUCAUGUCCGCAGGAAGCUGCGUCCCGGACGUCUGGCGGGCUUCGUGGUCAGCCUGGUGGCGGUGUGCGCCGUCUUCUCUUGGAGUGCCUUGGCGUUGACCGCGCCCUCGCCUCAGGAGCCGGGGCCGGCGGGCGAGGGGCCGGCGGGCGAGGGGCCGGCGGGCGACCCGGUGCCCCGACGGACUCUCCUCCAGCACGGGAACCUCUCGGCCGGCCCGGCCCGGCCGCCCGUGGCCAUGGCCUCCUCCAUGGAGGAGGAGGCGAGCCACGGGGACUACCCCACGGACUACUUCAGCCUGGAGGAGCGGCGGCAGGGAUACGUGUCGCUGCACAUGUUCGGCAUGCUCUACAUGUUCAUCGCCCUGGCCAUCGUCUGCGACGAGUUCUUCGUGCCGGCGCUCACGGUCAUCACGGAGAAGCUGGCCAUCUCCGACGACGUCGCCGGCGCCACCUUCAUGGCGGCCGGCGGCUCGGCCCCGGAGCUCUUCACCUCCGUCAUCGGGGUCUUCGUCUCCCACAGCAACGUGGGCAUCGGCACCAUCGUGGGCUCGGCCGUGUUCAACAUCCUGUUUGUGAUCGGGAUGUGCGCCCUGUUCUCCAGGGAGGUGCUGAACCUGACGUGGUGGCCCCUCUUCCGGGACGUGUCCUUUUACAUCAUCGGCUUGCUCAUGCUCAUCUAUUUCUUCCUGGAUAACGAGAUCUCGGUGGGCGAGAGCAUCAGCCUGCUCUCCUGCUACAUCUGCUACGUGACCUUCAUGAAGUUCAACUCCAACGUGGAGCAGUUUAUCAAGGGCAAGCUGGGCAGCAACCAGGUGGAGGAGGUGGAGGCGCCCAAGUUUGAAGCAGACCUUCUGCUCUCUGACGUGAUCACGUCCUACGGGAGUCAGCUAACAGCCGCAGUGACUGAGGACGAGAGCAAACUCAUGGCUAAGCCCAGGCUGCAGCGUGAGGGCAGCUGUGCGUCGCUGCACAACACUCUGAUGAGGAACAGCAUCUUCCAGCUCAUGAUCCACACUCUAGACCCGCUCAGCGGAGACGGACAAUUCAAAGAGAAGGCGUCUAUCCUCAACAAGAUGGCGAAGCAGCCUUGUAAAGAAGACACAGCCAACGGUGGGGUCUCGGCUGCUCGCCCCCUGGUGGAUGAUAAGAACAUCCCCAACAGAUCCAACGUGGCGGUGGAGGUCACGCCGCCCAACGGCAGCACCGGAGAGGAGGGAGGUGAUGAGGAGGACGAGGACGAGGACCAGCCUCUCAGCCUGGCGUGGCCGGAGACCAACAGGAAGCGCAUCACCUACCUGGUGAUCCUCCCCAUCGUGCUGCCGCUGUGGCUCACCCUGCCCGACGUCCGGAGAGAGACGUCAGCCCGGUUCUUCCCGGUCACCUUCGUCGGAGCGAUCUGCUGGAUCGCCGCCUUCUCCUACCUGAUGGUCUGGUGGGCUCACCAGGUGGGCGAGACGUUCUUUAUCACGGAGGAGAUCAUGGGUCUGACCAUCCUAGCGGCUGGCACCUCCAUCCCGGACCUCAUCACCAGCGUCAUCGUAGCCCGCAAGGGUCUGGGGGACAUGGCCGUGUCCAGCUCUGUUGGGUCCAACAUCUUCGACAUCACCGUGGGACUUCCGUUCCCCUGGCUGAUCUACAACAUCCUGAACGACUUCAAGAAUGUGCAGGUGAGCUCCAAUGGCCUGUUCUGUGCCAUCGUGCUGCUCUUCAUCAUGCUCCUCUUCGUCAUCAUCUCAAUCGCCUCCUGCAAUUGGCGCAUGAGCAAGCUGCUGGGCUUCUUCAUGUUCCUGCUGUACUUCGUCUUCCUCGUGGUCAGCGUCAUGCUGGAGGACAAGAUCAUCGUAUGCCCCGUCACCGUCUGAGAGAGAGAGACCCCCGCCACGGAGAAGAGAGAGAGACCCCCGUCACCAUCUGAGAGAGAGAGACCCCCGCCACAGAGAAGAGAGAGAGAGAUCCCUGCAACACAGAGAAAGAAGGAAGAGAGGGAGAGAGUCACCAUCAACAGAGAGAGAGAGAGAGAGAGAGAGAGAGAGAGAGAGAGGGAGAGAGAGGGAGAGAGAGAGGGAGACCGCCACCACCAGAGAGAGAGAGACACACAUACACACACUCAUUCACUCCCUCGCUCACUCACUCAUACACACAACACAUACACACACCGGAUACCUAUACAUGUACACACAUAGACGCAGCCUUAGUCUCACACACACACAUACACAAAAGCCAUGUAUCAAACAGUGGCGCAGACGGACCUGUCAAUCAGGAUGAGUCCAGCCAAUGGAAGGUCCUCUCUCUCUGUCGGGGGUGGGACAACACUCUGAAGAGACUCCCCGACAUUCCUGUAGGGUCCGGGGGCAUGGUGACGGAGGAAGAGGAGGGGAGAACCAGGAUCUUCCUCAUGUUUCACCCUCCUCGUUUCACCCCCUGCGUUGAAACCGUUUCUAUCUAUGAUUUAUAUGAUAGAUAUUAUACUGUAAUUUAUACAUCCGACACGCAUUUCUCCCAAUGCAAACGAUCAGUUCCUUCCUGCUUGUUUGUUGUAGCGCGAGACUUGACUAUCACACAUCACAGUCUUCUAACUACAAUUCAUGUUACCAGUUACCGUGUCAUCAGAUUUUGAACUGGCGAAGAGAACGUGCUGAGGGGGGGGUUCUCUGGAGAAGCGUUGUUAUCUAGACAACAUAAUCGGUUUUAUACACCUUGUCAUACAUCUUAAUAAGGGAUUUAUUUUACCGUCAUUCACAGUGACAUGACCCCAGCAGGAAAGUCUACAGAAGUUAGAAAAGUAGAAACACACGCUUGUUAAACAAAUGUUUUCUUACCCAGAAAGAAUCCUUCACAGAAUCAGACCACAGCACGCUGGUUGUUCAGGACUAGUGGAACUCUUUGAAAGUGUUCAGACUGUGGAUUUAUGACGACAAUAUUUUAUUUCAACCACUGGAUGCAAAUGUCCAAGUUCAAAGCACAGAGUAUUUCCAUCCCUUUGUUUGUUUUUGACGCAUAUACAAUGUCAAGCGAUAUGAAUGCAUUUCUAUCCUAACUUUAUAUACAUGUAUAAAAUCAACAGUAGGUAGCAUAUAUUUUUCUUGGACUAUAUUGUAUAUUGUCUUGGACCUUUCAUGCUCAGGUACUCGUAUGUUUAUGUGUCCCACCUGCUUCUCCGUCCUUGGCAGGCCGUCUGGGCUGCUGUAGGCCUAUGGGGAGUGUUUAUUAUGUUCCACUAGGUUAAUUUACUGUUUCCAUGUGUAUGUGUGCACCCGUAUUUUAUGCUGAACACACCGUUACUGUAUGCUCAACACACCGUUACUGAAGACCUUUUACUGCAUGAUUGACACAAGAUGGCGUUCUAUUGUGUUCUAUUGUGACAUAAUCCUACCCUACCACUAGUCUGACCUGGCAUCCGACAGAAGCGUAUACGAGAAAGAAUUAGCAUCCAACAGAAAAGUAGAGUUCAGAGCUAGCAUCCAUCAGCACAGUAAAGUACAGUACAGUAGUACUGGAAUCACCGGUCUCAUUUUAAAGUGAGCUCCCAUUCGGAUUGAUUCUGGUGAAUCUGGUGUAAAGGUUGAGUGGUGAACGAAUGACCUACGCUGAAGUAGGUUUUGGGACCUGGCGAACUCUUUCAUUUACUCUUUUAUUGUUUUAUUGUGGCAAGAAACAGGAAAUUGUAAAAAAAUAUAUAUAUCAAAAAAAUAUAGUAAUAUAACAAAGCACACAUAAUUUAACCACAAUUCAUACUGAACAUCCCAAUAGGUAAUCAAUAGUUUUUCGAUCACUUCCACCGGGUGCAAAGGGGUGUUUGAUAAUGCUUAUUUAUUUGUGAGAAUGCAUCACUCAAUAGUGAUUUGUUUCCUACUUUCUAUGUAAAAGAAAAACCUAAUAAAGUCCCAUUGGGAGAGAGUCAGAUGAUGUAAAUAUAA